ACCUGCAAUUCCGCAGGAUCAACUUGCCAGGAAUGCAUCAAUUUAGGACCCGGUUGCGCCUGGUGUAAGGCACUGAAUUUCACAAAGGCUGGAGAGCCAAAUUCUGCAAGGUGUGAUUCUGUGAAAUCCCUUGAGAAGAGAGGUUGCCAAAAAAUGGAAAUUAUCAACCCACAAAACGACAUGGAAUUUCAAAUGAACAAACCACUUGUUAAUUCUGCAACUAAUGUGAUACAGAUAAAACCACAGAAAGUUAAACUCUUUCUUCGACGAGGCAGUCCACAGAAAAUCGAAGUGAAGUUUAAGCGUGCUGAAGGUUACCCUGUGGACUUAUACUACCUCAUGGACCUGUCCUACUCCAUGAAAGAUGAUCUGGAGAAUGUGAAGAGCCUGGGAGGAAAGCUUCUGGAAGCACUGACGAGUAUCACAAAGUCCAGCAAAAUUGGAUUUGGUUCCUUUGUGGACAAGACAGUCCUACCAUUUGUCAAUACGCAUCCGGAGAAGAUGAAAAAUCCAUGUCCUACUAAAACUGAGGCGUGUCAGCGUCCCUUUAAUUUUCGGCAUGUCCUGAAGUUAACAAAUGAUUCAAAUGUAUUCACUUCUGAAGUUGGGAAGCAAUCUAUUUCAGGAAACCUGGAUCCACCAGAGGCCGGACUGGAUGCCAUGAUGCAGGCAGCAGUGUGUGUGGACCAGAUAGGAUGGCGCAACGUCACACGCCUUCUUGUAUACACUUCAGAUGAUGGAUUUCAUUUUGCCGGAGAUGGGAAACUUGGAGCAAUUCUGACCCCUAAUGAUGGCAAAUGUCAUCUUGACAGUGAUGGCUUUUAUGCAGAUAACACUAAAUACGACUAUCCCUCUGUUGCCGAGUUAGCUUUGAAGUUGGCUGAAAAUAACAUUCAACCCAUUUUUGCAGUCACGGGAAAAAUAAUGCCAGUAUACCGGGAGCUGAGUGAAAUGAUUCCAAAAUCUGCAGUAGGUGAACUGAACGCGGAUUCCAGUAAUGUGGUUCAGCUGAUAACAGCUGCCUAUAAUAAUCUAUCUUCCACAGUGAUAUUAGCACACAAAACCCUGCCAGAUGGAGUCCACAUCUCUUAUACAUCACAUUGUAGUGAUGGAGAUAUCACGAGUGAAAAAGAGGGAACUUGUUCAAAUGUGAAGAUUAAUAAGGAGAUAAGUUUCACAAUUACAGUUACUGCACACAAAUGCCUGACCAAUAAACAGUCCUUCGAGAUUCGACCUUUGGGCUUCACUGAGAAGUUGGAAAUUUCACUGCAAAUGCGGUGCAACUGUAAAUGUGACGACAAACCUGACUUGUCUGUUUAUUGCAACAAUAAGGGUCAAAUCAAGUGUGGUGUAUGCAGCUGCACAGAAGAUCGAAUUGGCAAGUUCUGUGAGUGUGAUCCUGGUCAGCGUUCCACUCAAGAUCUGGAUGCAGCUUGCCGUAAGGACAACUCCUCAGCAACCUGCAGUAACCAGGGAGACUGUGUAUGUGGUGCUUGUAUUUGCCAUACUAACCCCAAUAAGAAAAUAUAUGGCCAGUACUGUCAGUGUGAUGACCAGAACUGUGAGCGAAACCUGGGUAAACUGUGUGCUGGUCAUGGUCAAUGUGAUUGUGGUAAAUGUCUCUGUGACAAAGGCUUUGGAGGAACUGCGUGCGAGUGUGCAAAUGCUGAUGAGCAAUGCAAGGAGACCAGAAACAGUACUACUUGCAGUGGAAGAGGAAAUUGCACAUGUAACCAGUGUAAAUGUAUUGCCGGUUAUCAGCCCCUAUUCUGCAAAGAAUGCCCUGGCUGUCCAUCUCCAUGCCCCACCUAUGUACAUUGCAUUGAGUGUCUUGGAUUUUCGAGUGGCCCAUUCAAGGAAAACUGCUCUUUUGCAUGUGUCAAUAUAAAACAUGAGUUAAAGGAAGAACUGGAAGAAGAGAAUGCAUGUAAAGAGAAAGACUCCAAGAACUGCUGGAUGAAUUUUGUGAUGAAGGAGUUAGAUGGGGUUUCACAGUAUCAUGUGCUUAUCAAGAAGCAAACAGAAUGUCCUAAGCCUCCAAAUGUCAUUGCUAUUGUUGCUGGUGGAGUGGUUGGUGUGCUUUUGAUUGGAUUGGCAAUUCUCCUAAUCUGGAAACUGGUGACUGAACUCUACGACAGAAGAGAAUAUAAAAAAUUUGAAAAGGAGCGAGCAAAAUCAAAGUGGAAUGAAGCUGACAAUCCAUUGUUUCAGAAGGCAACCACCACUGUUUAUAAUCCCAACUUCAAUGAAGACUGAAGAUUUGAAUGGAGCAAAAAAUGAUUUCAUGUGUUUUGCAUCAACAAAGUCUGUGUUUUUAAAGAAUGAACUUUCCUCUUUAUUUUAUAUACUCUUUGUGAACUAUGAAGGUAAUUUGUUUAUACUUCAUAACUCAGCAGAAGAGGCAAUGAGAAGGAGUUUCAACCCUCAAACUUUCCCAGGUUCUCCACUCUAAUCUUCCUCUCACAAUUCCUGGCCUCCCUUAUCUUCCUUUGGCCUUUCUUCAGGAUGGUGCUGAUGGCCCACUUGCCUGCUAGGUCGCCAGUCUCUCAACCUUGCUGGCUGUGGCCAAGAAAUGAAGAUGGAAAGUAAUUAUCAGAUUAUACAUUAAUUUCAGAAGGACCUUUAGGAAAUGUGUUCUUCUGUUGAUUGCAAAUCUCUAACCAGGAACCCUUCUGCAUUUUCCUGCCACCAUAUGAAUAUCCAACCCAAUAAAUCUGAAUAGUAAAUGAAAACUGUUCUUCUGAAGGUACACUGUAUGAGGGUUGGUUCAUAAUUGCCAUUUUCAGUCUGUAGUAACAGGCAAAAGUGAGGAUGACUAAUAGAAAAAAUAACUGGAGCAAAUUUCAAACAAUUAAAAUUACUAUUCAGUUUGAAACCUGGGUCACUACUAGAUUUUGAACGAUAACUAUUAAGGUUUGUGCCAAUACCAGACACACAGGUAUUGAUUACUGGUCAUUAAUUGUAAAUUGACAGCAUUUGUAUCAGUUGCUAAUGCCAAUGCAUGAGUAGCCAGUUUCAAAGCAUCAAUACCUGUCUCAAAUGCCAAUGCCAGCUUUCUGUUCCCUAUUUAGCUACUCGUGACUGAGUCAAGUGUGCAAGUAAUUGCUUGACAGCUUAUUUUGAACAUUCUCAUUGCAGUGUUUGAAACUAGAAAUUUUAUAAAAGUUUUAUUAUCUUCUCA